AUGGUUCGAGUGUACAGCUACAUCCUCAGAUGCGAUUCUUGCGGUAACUACGGGCACUUCGGAUGGCUGUACCGGUGUAGCCAGGACCAGGAGGAAAUCUUGCGCAACUGCAUCUCCAAUGGCGAAGAGGUUACCUUUGACGAUAUCGGUAGGCAUCUGGUUGCUGCCGUUCAGCCAAGGAACCGCGGUCCGGAGAAACGAUCAGGGAAUGCUGCCAGCUUUCUCGAGGAGAUGCCCCCGAGGGAUAUCACGACCACCUACACGACCGACCAACUCAUGACCAUCUUCAACCAGCGGAAGCACCUUGGAGACGUCCUUCGUCGAGAAUCUUUCCGAGCGAAGCCGGCACCUAACCAAGGCCACGAUGGCACGCAUUCGUCCAGCACCUACGAUUUGGACGACAUUCUAGAGACCAACAUGUCCGCUCCUUGGGUUCCCAAGUCCAAAGAUGAGUGUCAGUACAAGAUCUGCUCGUACUGUCGCCCCGGAGGAGCAGACCGAGCGUAUAUCAGUCUGGAUGGUAUCGCUAAGGGCAACAUUCCCGCCACCGCUGCCACCGGCUACGGCUUCCACCUCUUUCGCGAGAGACCCGUAUGCAACUCUCAAUUGCUUGCCAACAUUGGUCUUCGAUCAUCUUCAGCGGUCUCAACCGGGUCCUCUGCAUCAUCAUCGUCAGAUACGGGCAAAUACAUCAGCGAUGCUCAGCUAGCGAGCCACUUGGCAACGCAGCUCAAUAUACGUGGCUCCUCGUCACUCGACCCGCGACCAGUGACCCCUUACACUCUUCUUCUCCCACACGCCAAUCUGCCCCGAUCCCCAGGUACCCCGAACCUCGCCGCCGAAGUCGAGAAGCCUUCCGGACCUAAUGAAGACGACUCUUCGUGGCUGGACACGACGGCUUCGACCACGAGUCUUCCGGCCGGUGUAAGUGGUCAUCUUGGCGACGACGCCACAGAAAUGGAGGAACAGGAGGAAGAGCAGGGGAGUUUCCUCGCACAGCCUCUCACUGUCCCGAACGGUGUGGCCGUCUUGGAAGAGAGCGUGGGGAUGCAUGAGCCGGACUUGAUCACUCAGGUUUGA